AUGGCCAACGAAAGCAUGAAUAUCAAAUAUCUAACAACACGGCAUCUUCAAGGGCUUGAGAGCCUAUGCAGCUAUGUGAUAAAAUCGCUUGAGAACCGUCACUUCGGUCAACUUUCUGAUACUAUAAGCCAAGAGUCUGCUGACAGUCUUUGGAAGAGUAAGGAGAGCGAUACUAUGGUCACGCAUAAUAUUGAGGCAGUGAGGAGUUUACAUACGCUUGUUGGAAGUAUGCUGGAUACGCCAAAGAAGCGGCCAUGGCUCUUGGAGCCCGAGGAAGAAGAGGAAGAGAAAAAGGUGGAAGCACUCAUGAUCAGUGAAAAGGCGUUCUUGUUGAGGAUCGUGUUGGGAGGAGAAAUAGUGAGGCUAUGCAUUGUUGAGGGUGACAAUACGGCAGAUGGAAAACUGCUAUGGUUAAGCGGCGUCCGGAGUACCGCCUCUAUAAAAGAGCCGUCACAACACAGCAUCAAGACGUAUUCCUACCAGGUUAUUAUACAAACUCAAAUUAAUAUGGACAACCAAAGAAUGAGUAUCGAACAUCUUACCACACGGAAGCUUGAGGGGCUUUAUGGCCUCACCUGCUCUCUCCUGACAGGGUUUGAGAGACGGAACUUCAACAGCAGUAGAUGCCGUGGUACGAAAAGAACGGCUGCCUGCAAUUAUCUGAACAAGGUUGGGAAUGGCCCAAGGUUUACCCGUGAUUUUGAGGCAGUGCGGAGCCUACAUACGAUUAUUCGGGAUGUGCUGAGUGGACCAAGGGAGUUCCCACGGCCUUUGGAUGCUGAGGAAGAAGCAGCAGAAGAAAGGGUGCAAGCACUUAUGAUCAGUAGCAACAGGUUCCGUUUGAAGAUCCAAUUUGGGAGGGCGGACGCGGUGAAGUUAUGUGUUGUUGAGGGUGAUAAAAAGGAGGACGAGAUCGUGAGGGUGCUCUGGGCAAGCGACGCUACGCAUCUAACAGAGGUGAAGGAUAAAGAGCAAGACUAG